AUGUUCACAUAUGUUUAUUACGUUUAUUGUACUUAUCAUUUUAAUUACUAUAACUUAAUCACUGCAGCGGUUAUCCACAGUUUAAUGCAUUUGUUUAAAUGCAACACUUUCCAUAUUGUUUUGCUCUUGGUUCUGGUUUCGGUUGUUCAUAAACUGUUGUCAAAUAUAGACACAGAUAUCAGCUGUCCCUUGUACUAUCGAAGCUUUUUUAUUUUCAUACUUGAACGACGC